GCUGCUAGAAGUUGCAGCCCCGGAGUUGGGAGGCCGCCGAGGACCCAGUGCAGGAGGAAGGAGGCAGCGCGCGGCAGCGACCGGCGAGGAGGAGGCAGAGAGCCCGGGGCCAGGCCCCGCGCACCGCUCGCGUCCCGAAAAGUGGAGCUGCAACUUGGCCACGACUGCACCUGUUUGCACCGCUCAGCCGAGGCGACCGGGCUGCGGCGGCGGCGGCGACGACCCCGGCCAUCGCCCCUCUCCGGCGAGUGGUUGGAGCACGAGGAGAAACUUUGCACCUGUGAGCCGGACCUGCGCUGAGUGCGUGUGUUUUUGCCUCUUGUUUUGUUGUCAUUGCUUCCUCCUCCCCCCACUCUUCUCUCUGGUAGGACUUCUCCCCCUCCCCACGUCUCGCUCCGUUCCACUGAACUCCUCUCCAUCCCUCACCCCCCCGGCCGUCUAUGCUCCUGGCCCUCCCCGCGCGGUGCCGGUGAACCCGCGGGCCGCCCCGAUGUACAGCAUGAUGAUGGAGACCGACCUGCACUCGCCUGGCGGCGCCCAGGCCCCCACGAACCUGUCGGGCCCGGCCGGGGCGGGCGGCGGCGGCGGCGGCGGCGGCGGGGGCGGCGGCGGCGGCGGCGGGGUCGCCAAGGCCAACCAGGACCGGGUCAAGCGGCCCAUGAACGCCUUCAUGGUGUGGUCCCGCGGGCAGCGGCGCAAGAUGGCCCAGGAGAACCCCAAGAUGCACAACUCGGAGAUCAGCAAGCGCCUGGGCGCAGAGUGGAAGGUCAUGUCCGAGGCCGAGAAGCGGCCGUUCAUCGACGAGGCCAAGCGGCUGCGCGCGCUGCACAUGAAGGAGCACCCGGAUUACAAGUACCGGCCGCGCCGCAAGACCAAGACGCUGCUCAAGAAGGACAAGUACUCGCUGGCCGGCGGGCUGCUGGCGGCCGGCGCGGGCGGCGGCGGCGCGGCCGUGGCCAUGGGCGUGGGCGUGGGCGCGGCGGCCGUGGGCCAGCGCCUCGAGAGCCCGGGCGGCGCGGCGGGCGGCGGCUACGCGCACGUCAACGGCUGGGCCAACGGCGCCUACCCCGGCUCGGUGGCGGCGGCGGCGGCGGCCGCGGCCAUGAUGCAGGAGGCUCAGCUGGCCUACGGGCAGCACCCGGGCGCGGGCGGCGCGCACCCGCACGCGCACCCGGCGCACCCGCACCCGCACCACCCGCACGCGCAUCCGCACAACCCGCAGCCCAUGCACCGCUACGACAUGGGCGCGCUGCAGUACAGCCCCAUCUCCAACUCGCAGGGCUACAUGAGCGCCUCGCCCUCGGGCUACGGCGGCCUCCCCUACGGCGCCGCGGCCGCCGCCGCCGCCGCCGCGGGCGGCGCGCACCAGAACUCGGCCGUGGCGGCGGCGGCGGCGGCGGCGGCCGCGUCGUCGGGCGCCCUGGGCGCGCUGGGCUCGCUCGUCAAGUCGGAGCCGAGCGGCAGCCCGCCCGCGCCCGCGCACUCGCGGGCGCCGUGCCCCGGGGACCUGCGCGAGAUGAUCAGCAUGUACUUGCCCGCCGGCGAGAGCGGAGACCCGGCGGCGGCCGCGGCGGCCGCGGCGCAGAGCCGGCUGCACUCGCUGCCGCAGCACUACCAGGGCGCGGGCGCGGGCGUCAACGGCACGGUGCCCCUGACGCACAUUUAG